AUGAGCGCAUCCCGUCCUCCCACACCACCAACAGGACCCGUGAAAGAUGAUGAAUGGAGGUUCAAAACAAUUACUUCGCCUUGCGAGUGGGUGGAGGACUACCGCCCAGGUGGCUACCACCCCGUUUUGCUCGGCGAUAUGUUCAAUAAUGGCCAGUACAAGGUGAUUCGAAAGCUCGGCGAGGGCUCUUACUCGACUGUGUGGCUGGCUCGUGACCUGAAAAACUCUACAUAUGUCGCCUUGAAGAUUCUUGUCUCGGCAAACCGGGCAUCAGCUGAGCUGCAAAUCUUGCACCACAUUGCCAAAGCCGCACCAGCAAAGGCAGCCCAGCAUAUCACGCAGCUACUGGACAAGUUUGAACACCGCGGACCCAAUGGCGUCCAUACGUGCCUGGUACUUGAGCCCAUGGGCCCGAAUGUGAAUACCAUGGUCGAGGAGUUGCCCCAGUUCAAACCUCGAAUGUGGGGGAUGGUGGUUCGCUAUCCGAUUCGGAUGGCAAAGAGCAUCCUCAAGCAAUCAUUACAAGCACUGGCAUUUCUUCACGAGAAUGGUAUCGCUCAUGGAGACUUUCAGCCGGGAAACAUGCUCUUCGCUGUGGAUAAUAUCGACAUGCAACCCGAGGACGCGCUGCGCCAAGAGGAAAAUGUGCAAACCCAGUCAAUCUCGCCGCCAGUGCAGAGGCUGGACGGCAAACAAGACAAGUGGGCGCCUCGAUAUCUUUGUAUUGCGCAGCCGCUGGCGCCUUUUACCGAGUAUGACAAAGGCUUCAAGAUUAAAUUAUCCGACAUGGGUGGCGCAUACUUCUUUACGAACCCGCCAACGAAGUCCAUUACGCCUCUCGGACUUCGGCCUCCCGAGUUGGUUCUUACCGGCGCCAUCAAUAAAACCCUCGAUAUCUGGAGUUUCGGCUGCCUUAUUUUUGAGCUCAUCACUGGACAACCUCUCUUCUGUGUACCAGGCUCCAAGUUUGAAGAUGACAACCAUCUCCUCUCUCUUACUGCCAGGCUCGGCGCCCUACCCGAUGAGCUUUUUACGCAUUGGAAGACGUCGACGCUCUAUUUCACUGAGAGGGAGCUAUUUAAUUGUCAGCUCGGAGGAGUUGCGAAAGGCGGAGAACCGCUCAUGCUGGAGCAGACGUCCAUGGAGGACUGGUUCGAUCAGGCAUGCCCGGAUCUUGAUGAGGAGGAAGGCCGCCAAGUCAAGGCGUUGAUUCGGCGGAUUUUGCAGUACGAUCCUGCCAACAGACCCUCGCCUGCGGAAAUCUUGUCUGAUACGUGGUUUAGAGAGAUGGAGGUGGAGAGCGGCCAGUCCAAAUAA